UUUGGUCGGCUGCCAGACGUUUUUGCAAAAGCAUUUAAAUCUUGAUCUAAGCAGAAAAAAGUGGUCGAAAACUUUCCAGAUUUAUAUUUUACGUAAAGUAAAUAAAGACUAAAAUGACCGCUAAUGCUUGACCGAGUGCUUCUGUAAUUUUUCAUGAAAUGAUAGCUUGCUAAGAAUUUGGUUGUGCCUUCAUUUAAAUUGUAAUGAAAGAUAAAAGAUUUUUAUAAAUUGUAUAUAAGUUGUAAGUGUCUAUCAUCAUUACGAAAUUUAAAUUAUUUUUGAUAGAAAACAUAAGCGAGAUCUCGUGAUAAAAUUGAAAAUAAAAAUGACAUCUUCAAAGGUAAUUGGUUUAUUUGCUGGAAUCAGUAGCUCAGUUGCACUAUAUUCUUUUAAUAGUCUUCAGGCCAAAGAAAUGAUUGACUGUCAUGAUUGUAGAAUGAAACGACUUCCUAAAGCUCACGAGCUUCCACUUUAUGACAAAAAUGAAGAUAUGUGCUUAGAAUAUGAUGGAAAAACUAAAUUGCCAUUAAUAUCUGAAAUUUCUGGUGUAAGGCAGCAACUUUCUGGAUUAGCUUCUUACCUUAAUGUAUUUAAAGAUCAAGUUGUUCAUGUCUAUGAAACUGGUAUUGCACAUUCUCAAAGUAGUUAUGAUUAUCUAACUAGUGAAGAAAAUAAGACAACACGUAUUUUAGCCAUUUGCUCUGGUGGUCUUCUUGGAUUGCUUUUAGCAAGGAAGCGUGGUAUAUUUAAAAAAAUAAUAUACACUUCUACUGGAACUGGUCUUGUUUUUUCUGCUUUCUAUCCUUCUCUUGCUAUGGAUUACGCUUCUACUGGAUGGGAGCAUACUAAAACUUAUACAUUUGAUGCUCUAGAAAAAUAUGGAGGAUAUGACACUCAAAAAUUGUCCAAUGACUAUAAUGAAAAAGUCGAGGCCAUUAAAAGUACAUUGAAACUUGAGGGUGUUAUGGACCAGUUAAAAGAAUGGUUUGAUAAAAAUAAAGAAAAAGUGGCCACUACAUGGAAUAUGAAGACUGAGUCUAAAGAAAAAUAAGCAAAUGUUCCCGAUAAAUCACCAAAAGAAGAUUGACUUAUAUAAAUUUGUAAAGAAUUACAUUGUUUAGGUUUAGUAGUUUUACUGCUUGAUCAAAUAGUGCUGUAUUAUAAAAUUUUCAAUAAAGUUGAUAUUUUAUUAAUCUUCAAAA